AUGUCUACUCAAGCCUUGAACAAGAUCGCGCCCAACAGCCCAUCGCGGGCGAAGCCCAAUGAGAUCGAGAGCAACAUUGCCACUGCUCUUUACGAGCUCGAGACCAACAUCCCCGACAUGAAGGCCGCACUCCGACCUCUGCAGUUCGUCUCUGCACGCGAGAUCGAGGUUGGACACGGCCGCAAGGCCAUUGUUAUCUUCGUCCCGGUUCCCCUUCUUCAGGGCUGGCACCGCAGCCAGCAACGAUUGACCCGUGAGCUCGAGAAGAAGUUCUCCGACCGUCACGUCAUCAUCGUUGCAUCGCGCCGCAUCCUCCCCCGCCCCAAGCGCAGCAACCGCAGCCGCACCACACAGACCCAGAAGCGCCCGCGCAGCCGAACCCUCACUGCCGUCCACGACGCCAUCCUCGCUGACCUCGUCUUCCCCGUCGAGAUCGUUGGAAAGCGUGUCCGCACCAAGGAGGAUGGCUCCAAGAUUCUCAAGGUCGUCCUCGACGAGAAGGAGCGCGGCAGCGUCGACUACCGCCUCGACACCUACUCCGAGGUCUACAAGCGCCUGACCGGCAAGGGUGUGAACUUCGAGUUCCCCCAGGCCCAGGCUGACUACUAG